AUGUUGAGCGGGGAGUGCUCACCCAAUGUCAGAAACUGGGAGAGGAGAAGCGACGCGGACAGGUCUGACGAGUCCUGCCACAGGAGCAACACGGUGAAGAAGGAGUUCAACAGCAGGAUGGACGCCCUCAUAGAGCUCACGGAUAGCUCUCUCUCUCUGAUGGAAUCCCAAAACAAGACAAAGAAGAGAGAGCUAGAGGACGAGUACCUGUUUCUAAAAAAAAUAGGAGAUGUGUGCAAACUCAGUUGCGACUACUACUUGGAGACAAAUGUCAAUUUUCACGAGGCUUGCGAAAAUUUCAGCAUUUUGUUCAGGGCGUUUGAGGAGUCCCUUCUUAACGUAAAGAACAAGGGAGAUGAGGCAGACGCGGUUGCAGCAAAGCUGAAUAAGGUAGAAGACAAGGUCAAUCUUCAAAUGACAGAGAGGAAAGAGGCGUACGAAACGUCGAAGAAGGAACUAGCCCUGCUCCAAACGGACGUCCAUUACAUGAGGAACGAAUCUGCUAACAUUGUGAACAAAAUAAAAGAGGUCGAUUACCAAAUUAACCAGCACAAGGAGGCCUUUGAGUCGUUUCAUAUUUUGACCCACCUGAACACUGAGCGCAUUUCGGUGCUACAGAAUGACUGCAUGAAGAUGGAGGGGGAGCGGGAGGAGGAGUUGAGGGGCAUCGAGGAGGCCUCGGCUGCCGCGGUCGCCGCGCGGGACGGCCUGGUCGUGCAGAGGGGGCGCCUGGAGGAGGAGAGGGACGCCCUGCUCGGGAAGGAACGAGAACUGACCCACAAGAAGGAGAAGCUAGCCAUACGGAGGAGCGAAGCCAAAUCGGACAAUGACCGGCUCAAGUCACAGAUGCAGUUCAUGCAAAACCAGCUGUCAUCACAGGAGAAUUUCUUGAGUGUGAUUAAGUAUGGCUUGGACGGAAGCAUCCGGACGAGGAAAGAACUAAGUUCCGUUUUAGGAGGAAUCAACAGGGAGAUAGAAGACGUGGAAGACCUGAUGGAGACUGCGAGGAGGGAAGAGGUGGAGGAGAGGAAGAAGUGUCACGAGAUGGAAGGUAAAGUUAAGGAGUUAGCCACGGAGAUGGAAGAACGCGAAAUGCAGUUAGAGGUACUUGCGCAGGAGGAAAAGACGAUGCGAGGGAAGGUCGAAGGGGAACGAAGCAACGCCAGCGAGAGCCUUCUGAACGAGUUGGUUAAGGAGAAGAAAUCGAUAGAUGGUGAGAUUGGAAGUUACCAGGAGGAGGCACGCAAGUUGGUUCUACGCGAGGGGGGCAAGCUGGAGGGGUUGUUAGGUGGUCCGCUAGAAGGUCUCCUAGGUGGUCUCCUGAGUGGUCUGCUAGGUGGUCCGCUAGAUGGUCCGCUAGGUGUCCCGCUAGGUGUCCCUCUAGGUGUCCCUCUAGAUGGGGUACUCCCUAGUGUGCCCCUUCCAUCGAACGAGGUGAAGACAACCGACGUGGAAAGGUCCCUCCAGCGCGAGAACCCCCUUGACGCACACUCCCCCGCGAGUGAAGCAUUCCUAAGGGAGUUGCAAAAGGCCAUAGACUGUGUGAAGGAAAAAAUAAACGAAGAACAAAACGAGGUUUGGAGAAAGGAAAAAGAAGUACAAAGAAUAUAUGCCCUCACUAGUGAGCUGCGCAGGCAAGUGAUGGAUGAAGAAAAUAAAGAGACCAAGUUAGACACCUUACUGGAGGAAAAAAAGGAGGAGUUCACAAAGCUGAGAGAAAAGGAAAGGGAGGUGGAAAAGGAACUCUCUCACAUGCAUGAUAUGACGAAAAAGGAGAAACUCGAUUAUGAGGAGAAGAAAAAGGAAGCAACGAAAAUGGAGGAGAAACUUGCACAGAAUAAUAAAAUUGAGAAAGAAAAACUGUCUCUACUUGAGAAGGAGUACCAUGAUAGGAAGGAUAACCUGUUGCGGUCAUCUGGGGAUGGACUUAUGAUGGUGAGUUCUGUGGAUAAGAAAAAAGUGAAGGACGAUAUGGAUGCUUACUUAGCAAAGGCAAGGAUGGAUUUUGAUUUAAAAAAGAGACAGUUGGAAAAGGUCGAGAAGGAGAAAUACGAAGAGGUGGGCAGUCAGUUGGGUGGUGAGCUUAAGAGGAAGGACGACCUGAUUGCUUACUAUGAGGAGUUGAUUAGCAGGAAGGAGAAGAUGGGUGUUUCCCCAGGGGUCAGCGGCGUGGCUGCGCACGAGCGGGUGGUCGGCAUGGGCAACACCAAGCGGGCGGACAGCCGGCCCCACCGGUCCGGCCCCUCCGCGGAGAGAAGGAAGUCCGCCCAGCGGGGCGGCUCCGCCCACAGGAGUGCCAGCAGUGUGAGCGGUGUGAGCGGUGCUAGCGGUGUGAGCGGUGUUAGCGGUGUUAGCGGUGUGAGCGGUGUUAGCAGCAGUGUGAGCGGUGUUAGCGGCAGUACCGGCGGCGUUAACAGCAGUAUGAACAGUGUCAACACCGCUGUUAGCACAGACACUAAUAACGGCACCACCAACAGCAGCGCCACCGGUGCGAACGCCCGCAAGCCGGUGAACGCGCCGGACACGUACAAGUUCGGAUACUUCGAUGUGACAUCCCCCGGGGAGAUGAGGAAGAGCAUGCACAUUCCGAGUCGGUCCGUGAAGUCGCCACACAUCGCGAGGCUGCUGGAGAAAAUCAAACUGAGGAAGGAGUGUCAGACGCUGGUGGGCACUAAAAAGGUGCCGUUGAACCAGGUGAGCAGCAGCGACGGGAGACGGAGCAGGACCAUCGGGGGUGGUUCUGCUAACAGGAGCAGCACGGGGAAAAGCGGCAAGGGUGCAGGACGUACGAAGCCUUUCCUCAACACGAAGGCGCCCAAGAGCAACGACUCCUUCGACCUGUUCCACCAUCUGUAA